AGGAAAUGUAAUUUGCUCGCCUUUAAAUCCUCUUCCAUUUUGAUUCGAGAACUAGGACAGAAUCACUAGACCGCAUCAAACUCAAUAGCAGGAGACAACAAUGGCGUCCUCAAAGAUUGUCUCGAGAUUGUCAUCUCGGUUAAAUUCCUUGUCUUUCAAACUCAACAAGAACUCGCUCUCCCCUCAACUCUCUUCCCUCACGUCGGCCCCUUCUUCUCCUACAAGACGCCUCUCUCUCCUCUCAAGGUUACCUGUGGAAUUGAGUUCUGUGGGAUCGAUGUUGCCAUUGCACAGCGCGAUAGCUUCGUCAAGAUUAGUCUCCAGCUUGUCCAGUGAGUCUGAAAGCUGGGGUUUGGUGCCCCAAGGUAUCUCGAUGCCUUUAUGACAAUCUCUUGCUGCAGCUUAUAUAUGAAGAAAGCAAAAAAGAAUGUUGGAAUUGUCUUUGUUCUGAUCUCAAAACCUAAAAUUUGGGAACAAUUGUUGUCUAAGUAGUACCAGGUUUUCGAACUGUUUGUUCCAUCUUUCUUAAUGUCCGUAUCCAGCAAGCUGGAUAAAUUUUUGUUCAAUCAUAUGAUGAGUAUCUUGCAUCUGCUUUUAUGACAA